CCAAGCCAAUUUUCGAGAGUAUCUCACCAGGUACACCAGUUUGCACAGGAUGAUGGCCCGAGUCGGAAGGCGUCACACGCGGCGACCGCCACUGGACGCCACGACAGUGCGUUCCGUGCGGUCGCUCACGGCAUCGCGCGCUCCAAUCAUGUUGACCAGUCCAGCAGGGGAGGUGAUUGAGAUCUCGUCCGACGACGACAGCGACGUCGUAGUCGACAUGGUCAUUCCGGCGCCGGCCAACUCCCCGUUUUCCGAAUACGGUGGAUAUUACAGUCCAACAGGAGGAGCCGUACGAAGGAAAAAGCGGAAGCCUGCUGUGCCCACAACUCUCAAGACUCCCGAGCAGGAACUGCACGACACUGCGGUGCUCGCAGCGCGCAUGUUUGACCAGAACGCUGCGCUAUCCCCCGAAGUCAAGAGCAUGUACAGCCAGGUGGCGUGGUGUCGACUGCGAGGAUGGCCGUACUGGCCUGGCUACGUGUGCAGCCCCCACAUGCUCGCGGUGGAUUCCGAGACGAUGGAGGCAUUUGUACCGUUCAUGUCGACCCACUACUGGAUUUACUUCUACGGGUGCAACAAAAGGUGCUGCACGACAACCCAUUCCACUCGAACUGCCGCGGUGCCGCAUUCGUCGGUGGUCCCUUGGGAUGACGCGUCCAAGCCCUAUCGAGAGGGAUAUCCCUCCGGCGGACCCCACCGCGCGAUCGGGCUCGCUGAUGCCGUCGAUCUGGCAGAGGAGUACAAGCUCCCAGCCGACGAACGCGUGGCAUGGGUGAUCUCUCGAGUCAAGACCAAGGUAAUGUGCCGAGGAGGAGGCUGGUGCAUCGUUUCUCAAAACGGCGGCGCUUUGAGACUGAUGCGAGGAUAUUGUUGCGAGCAGGAGAGCGCGCAAGCGGCGAGGAAGACUCGACGAAGGUACGAACCGACCGUCGAGAUGAACGACGCCAUCGACGGUGCCGUGCGGGGGAUCUCAGCGACCGGCCAGUUGAAAGGAGCGACAAUGUUACGGGAUAUGCAGCUCGACGAAUCACCGGCACAGUCGUCGCAAGCACCCACUCCGAAUGCUGCAACGACGCCGUAGCGCCUGCAGCGACUGGACUGUGACUGGUGCAUGAAGUGUACUAUUAUGAGAUGGGCACUGCAAAAACAGAGUUCUCGCAGCUAUGGAGCAGCACCUUGGGUGAUGGCAUU